GUUCAAAUUCCUCCCUCUUUCCCCAUAACAAAGUUCAAGAUACCAAUUUGCUUCUUCCUCGGCGACCGUCUGUGUAGCUUGUAGCUUUCUGUAUUAUAACAGUUGAACCUCUUGCUCUGCUGCUUGCCAUUUGCUUUGUACUGGCUCUUCAUUGGACUCGACACCCGCAUAUGAGACCGUCGACAUAACUGGCUCGACACGCCGGCCUCCAUUCCCAUACUCAGCGACACAACUGCUCGAAUAAUGCCUCGACUACAAGCCAGAUCCCGCAAUGUCGUGACCUCGGACUCAGAAGACGAUUUGAUUGUGAAUCCUCCGCCACGAAGACAAAUUUGGUCCGUCAUCAGCAGCCCGAAGAAGCCACUGAGCCUGUCCCAGGAGAACUCAACCCCUGCUCAGGAUGGCGAAGCAGAUGACGAAGACGACGAGAUAGAUGUCUUGACAACCCAAUCAAGCGUCCGCAACGCAAGGGCAAAUGCGAGGACCCCAAAAUCGAGGGGUAUUUCAGCUCCUAAAACGCCCCUGGGAAGCUCACAGCGCAAUGCCGGUAAUAGGCAGACCCCGAGCAAGAGUCAGACCGCUGGGAACAGCUCUCAAGCAGCAACACGGCUAGAUGCUGAUGUUUCUGACUCCGAGUUGAUUGUGCCUGGUUUCCCAGAGGGGAGAAGGUGGCUUCACAGCGUGCGAGUGCCUGUGAGGACACCCAGCAAGCAAUCCGCCAUAUCUGAUUUCUUCAAACCACACUCGCUUUUGCAGAAGAAACCCGCUGCACCCACCGUUGCUCCCGCAGUCCCUACUGCCAUAGCUUCUGAUAGCUCACCUUCCAAUCCACCAAGUGACGACGAUCCUGACGAUGCCCAAUUGAGCUCUCCUGUUGCUAUAUCUCCUUUGGCUUCUCGCUCACCCAGCCCAAGUGGGUCAUCUGCCAUGGCAAACGGUCGGCCUGGCAGAGCUGCAGCUAUAAAAGGUAGGUUAUUGUCACGCGUCCUCACCGCCCGUAAGGAUGUAGACACAGACGAAGCAAGUGAUGUGUCCGACUUUGCUGUUAGCAACGAGUCGUCCCUAGGAGGGUCAUCAUCGCACGUGGAGAGUGAUGAAUCCUCGGCAUCACCAACUGGAGAGUCUUCCGGGGCUGAUAGCGGACUUGGCUCCGACCCACCACCAAAGAGGAGAAAGCGACUCACAGAUGCGUCACCACCAUUGGCAAAAUCAGCUCCCAAACAAGUCAUCAGAAAGAGGCGUGUCGAGAACAAGGAUACUACCUUCAAAGGGGCCGAUAGAGUGCUUUUUCCUGAGUUGAACAAUAUCAAGAACGAUGACGACAAUGAGGAUGGAGAUGCGAUGGAGGGCGUUCAGACAGAGGCCUCGUCUGACACAUCGAAGCGCGCCAAAGCGCCCAAGAAGAAGCCUACGGGGACGCAAGUGAUCAAGCCGGAGACAUAUGUCUACAAGAAUGGUCUUGCACUGCACGAAAAGCCGAUCUCCAAAAUCGAGGAUAUUUUUGCCGACAUGACUGAUCGGGCUUUGACAAAGAUGAGCAAGAGUAAAGAUGACAAGACCUUUCUUGACUUCCUUGAGCACAUGAAUGGUAGAAAGCUUCGUGUUGCCACCAUGUGUUCCGGCACAGAGAGCCCAAUUCUGGCCCUAAACCUUGUCUCCGAAGCCCUCAAAUCUCGCGGCCACAACUUUGAGAUUGACCACAAGUUCAGUGCGGAAAUCGUACCAUUCAAACAAGCCUAUAUCGAGCGCAACUUUUCUCCCCCAAUCAUUUUCCGUGAUAUCAAGGAAUUGUCCAUCCCUGGAGCGGUCGAUGCCACAACCGCAUAUGGGAGUAAGGCGAAGAUCCCCGACAAUAUCGACAUCCUGAUCACAGGAUUCUCCUGCGUCGAUUUCUCUGGCCUCAAUUCUACAAAAAGAGUCAUUGAGGAGUGUGGUGAAUCUGGCGACACAUUCUUCGCGAUGCGUGAUUAUGCCAGAAUCUUCCGUCCAAAGAUCAUUAUCUUGGAGAAUGUUAUGGGAGCUCCAUGGCUGAGAAUCAGUGACUACAUGGCGGCGAUUGGGUAUGCUUGCAAGCAUCAUUUUGUGGACACAAAGAACUACUACGUUCCGCACACCCGCCAACGUGGAUACAUGAUGUGUAUUGAUAUGUACGAUAAAGUGAAGAAUGAUAAGCGUACCAACACCGAGAAGAAACUUGUCAAAGACUUGGAAUUUGGAGAGUACAUGAAAAAGUUCGGUCAGAAUGCCAUCGAGACAUACAGCCGCAGGAUGGAUUUUUUCAAACGCCCAGCCAGCUCAUCAGUUGAAGCGUUCCUCCUCGAUGAGGAUGACCCACGUGUCAUCGCCGGUCGCGCAGAGAUGACGAAGGGAAACGCCGUCGAAGGCCGAAAGAGAGUCGUCGACUGGACCCGUUGCCAGGGCCGCCACGAAGAUUACCGCUUCCGCAUGGGGCUUGGGGCGAGACGCUAUUUGACGAACUGGGAAGACGGAGGUUCCUGCACCCCGAGAGACAACUGGUGGCACGACUGGUGGAAGGCACAAGUCGAGCGUAUCUGGGAUCACAUGGAGAUGUCGUAUUUGCGAGCCAUGGUCAGGGGAUACGAUCUCGAAUACAAGUUCCGCAUCAUCGACUUCUCGCAGAAUAUCGAUCGAUCUUUGGAUACGGGAGGUUCUGGCCUCACAGGAUGUGUUACACCAACUGGUAUCCCGUACAGUUCUAUGCGUGGAGGCCCGCUGAUCGGUAUCGAGGCACUCGCGUUGCAAGGUUUGCCUGUCGAUUCAUUGAUUCUGACGCGCGAGUCUCAGGCGAAGCUUCAAGAUUUGGCUGGAAAUGCUAUGAGUUCCACCGUCGUCGGAGCCGCUAUUCUCUCAGCUCUGAUCGCCAGAUUCGAUGUGUUUGAGCGUGGAGAUGGCAUCCAGGAGGCAAACCCAGCGCCGGAAAUUACCCAGACUAUCGAUGACCCCAAGGCCGACUCUUUCACGACGAGAUUCGAUGCCCAUGUCCCGCUUUCCGCUGCUGCUGCCAUCAAUGCUGCCAACCAAAGCUACCGCGCUUGUUACUGUGAAGGCCGCGCUGGCGUCACUGUUGCCGCCCUUCAGAAAUGCAAGGCCUGCGGCCACACUACUUGCAUCAAGUGUGGCGUUUCUCCUAAGCAUGACUAUGCCAAGUUCUCGCCGGAUAGGAUUGCACCUUCCGAAUUCGAGCAGCAGUUAAAGAAUACUCUGCCUAUGAAGGUUCUACUUGCGGGCAUAUCAAUUGAUGAUAUAAUUAAGGCUCGUGAGGAUAGCGGUGUCUCGUUCAGCACCGCCGAUAAAAAGGCGUUCGAGCUCUCCAUGGAUCAUGUUGCACAGGCUUUAGAGUCCGAAUUACGAUUCCACUCGCUGAAGAGAACCGAAACCUGGGUUAUCUCGUACGAAUCAACCUACUCUCGCCUGGACCUUAUCUUCUUUUUAAGAUAUGCGGAAUGGCGUUUAUAUGCCAAACCUGACGUUGAUCUACCUGCCAACGACGCUCUCCGCGAGGCUCUGCAAUAUCCAAUCGCCCGCAUGCGCCCUACCGGAGACGACCUUGUCACCGGACAGUGGCAGAUCUGGAUCCCAAAGGCAUACAAGUUCAAUGCGUCAGUCGAAGGUCUCGGUGUUCCUGUGCCAUCAUUCCACAAUGUUCUUGGCAUUGCAGCGGCGGCCGAUUCGUUCGUAUUCCCGCAAUAUGAGAUUACUAUGCCUGUUGAUGCCGAGGACUAUCUUGAAGUUGACCUCAGCGGCGUCUAUACACUUCAAGAAGACUGCGGUAUGUCUCAAGGCUCUCUCCACGUGAACGUGAAUGCCGCCGAUCCUGAAAAGCGAACCUUCCUCUUCCAUGACCCGGAUCGUCUUGGUAACCAUGAGGAUGACACUUUUGUGUUUUCCGAGGACAAGAGACGCCUGCAGCAUGGAGUAGUCCGAUCUCUCUUUGCUCGUGUUGACAAGAAAUGGCGACAGACCAAGUUUGAGAUGUCACUUGAUGGAGAUGUUGAGGUCAUCAAGAAGGGCAACAAAAAGUUGAGCCUGUCCCAGGCCCGUCAGUUGGAUCCGAUGACUUGCUACGUGGAUGGCCAGUGGCUUGACAUUGAAAAUGCCAGCUUAGACCUCGCCCAUGGCACAGCCAACGGCCAGUUCAGCCGUGCUGCUGAGAACUUUUCCAUCAUCACAUCCCUCAAUGAUUGCCGCGAGGCUCACGUUGUGCUGCAAUGUGAAGCUGCUCUUCCCGAGGGAGAGUUCUCCAAAUAUCGAAAGGAUCAUUGGCUUGAGAUUGGUGAACUGGAGCAGAAGCAGUUUUUCUCUGAGUAUGCCUGGCUCACUGAAAAAGCUCGAACCAUUCCCGGCCUCGACACUUGGCGCGAGAUUGAGAACCAACUCGCCACUCACAGAUGUGCUACGUGCGCUCCAGCAAUUCCGAAUAUGAAGUGGAGACUUGACGAGAAGAGGAAGAUUGUGCCAUUCGAGGAUCCCACUGAAGCUGCCCCAUUCGAGAUUGCCAUGAAAGGCCGACCUUCGCCUCUUGUCACGCAAGUUUGCAUUGAUGACGCUGGCAUUGUCGACUUGAAGCUGGCAGUCAACCCGCAGACUCUUAUUCAUAGAGCUGCAGCCAAAUUGCUUGGUGAUGAUGCGACGAGUGCUACGCUGCAAUGGCGCCUCGUCACCAAUUAUGUUGCUCCACAAAAGAUGGUUUUCCCGGCUUUUGCUUUGAAGAACAAUGACGCCGAUACGCCUUCGUCGAACCCGCCUCGAUUCAAAUUUACUCUUCGCCCUGAACAGCAGAGGUCUCUGUACUGGAUGGUUCAGCAGGAGGGAGCAAAUGUCGAGCCCUUCGUUGAGGAAGAAGUUGAGGAGGCCAGUAUCCCACUUCUGGGCUGGCGCGCUGAAGGUCGGGCAUCCAGACCGAAGGUCAUUCGUGGAGGUGUACUUGCGGAUCAAGUUGGUUACGGGAAAACUGUUACUACCCUGGGACUCAUCGACAUGCAGCGAACCUCAGAUGAGAAGUCAUGCAAGGAGGACGUUCAUGGCUUGAUUCCAAUCAAGGCAACUCUCAUUCUUGUCCCUUCGCAACUUCCCGACCAGUGGUAUAGCGAGGUUAGGAAGUUCUUGCCGGGCAGUUACAAAGUAACAGUCUUGAAGUCACUUGCAUCCGUUGAUAAGUAUAGCGUGGAGGACUUCCAACAAGCCGACAUUAUCAUCGCAUCCUGGUCUAUCUGUGAAGGGGACAACUACCUGUUCAAGCUCGCCCAAUUUGCCGGUGUCCUCGAGUUGCCUGAGAAAGCACCUGCCAGAGCACAGUCUGCCUGGUACACCAACGCGAUGACAAAGGUGGCUGAGAAUGUGGAGGUCCUGAAGUCGAAACCUUCGUCUUUGAAGAAGCAUAUUGACUCCCAGCUUACCGACGAGGGGAAAUCGGCCACUGAUGUGGAGGCUUACGUUCCGUCGAAGCGCCUUCGAGGACAGGCAUAUCAGGAUUACAAGGAGAGGCUUCAACUCCAGAAGACGCGACUGGAAACCGCUACAGAUCUGUUCGGUCAGGAUGCAUUGAAGGUUGAUGUGAAAACAGACAAGAAGCCCGAGACCAAGAAAGAAUUCACCGUCAAGCCCCGAAAGGACAUAUUUGGCCUUACCAAGUUGACCAAGACCAACAAUUAUAAGGGCAUGAGGAGUCCGAUAUUCGAGAUUUUCAGGUUCAGCCGUGUCGUUGUAGACGAGUAUGCCUAUGUUGCUGGUGAAGAGAGUUUGACGAUUGCCAACCUCAAGGCUGCCGCCAAAUGGGUUCUUUCGGGAACUCCCCCACUUCAAGAUUUCCUGGACGUCAAGUGCAUGUCGAGGUUCCUUGGUAUUAACCUGGGUAUCGACGACUUCACCACCGGAGUGAUGAAUGCCCAGAAUAUCAAGACGAUGACGAGAAAUAUGACAUCUAGCGAAGAAUUCCGCACCUUCAACCAGAAGCAAUCCUUUGCUUGGCACGAGAACCGCCACAAGCUUGCGCAGCGCUUCCUGGACAAGUUUGUCCGCCAGAAUAUCGCUGAUAUCGAGGCAAUCAAUGGCUCUGUGCAUAUCAUGCCGGCCAUCCUCCCAGCUGCCGAGCGCGCGAUUUACCUUGAGCUUCAGCAACUGCUUGCUGCUUCCGAUUUCAAGAUGACGAAGGGGAAGAGAGCUAUGGAGAAUGACCGUAUGAAGCGCAUUCGCGAGCUGUUGGGUCAGAGCGACAGUGUUGGGGAAGCACUCAUGAAGUGCGCCUCCCACUUUACGCUUGACGAGCUGCACGAUGGCCUCAACAAUGCGCCCGACGCGUGCGCUGUCAUUGUCGGGAUUAGAAAUAAACAACUCGAUGCCUUGGAGAUUGAUUUGAACAGGACUCUGAGACAGGCCGAAUACCUCCAUCUGAGCUGUGAGGAUCCUUGCGAUCAAUACAUCAGCUUGAAGCGCCAGGUCGAGUCAAACCAUUACGGCGAUGUUGACGCAUGCAAUGCGAUUUCUAUGGCUAUGAAGGAGGCCGCCAAGCGUAGCUCCCACGACGACUGGGAAGAGUUUUAUAUGACUCAGGAGGAGCGUGACAUUGUUCUUGCGGCCGAAGGAAGAGCAAAGCCGGGAGCAAAGAAAGCCAAACCAACCAAGAAGCGAAAGCGUGCCGAUUCUGAGAGCGACGGCAUCUCGUCGGCUGAUGCACCGGAGGAUACCCAGAAGCUAUUGCCAUUGCUCCCGUACGGCCGAAAUGGCAAUAUCGAGUACGUACACACGGCGCUGAGAGAUGUUACGAAUAUUCUGCGCAAGAUGGUCGUCGAGUAUGUGAGCAGGAAGCGCUGCCUGCGCUUUUUCGACUAUGUUAGGAAUUUGCAGAAGCACUACACCAACCUGAGACUCGGGAAUGAGGCCGGUGCAGGCUGCACGUGCUCGAAGUGUGAGAAGACUGGCCUUUCCCCUGAGGAGAUUUCGAUUCUGUCGCAGUGUGGCCACACUGCCUGUGAUGGCUGUCGCGCGAAGCAUGAGAAGAUGUUCUACAACAAUCUGGCCGCCAAGGAAGAGUGUCUUGUCGUCGGAUGUAGUGCGAUCAACAAGCAAUGGCAGGUCAUCAAAGCCCCAGAGCUUGGUGUUGAAGAUGAUUCCACGAGAAAGGGUCGUCAUUACGGCAAGAAGAUCGAGGAUAUUAUCAGCCUUGUGAAGAAUAUCCCAGAUGCCGAGCAGGUUCUUCUGUUUGUACAGUUUACAGAUUUGUUGGACAAGAUUGUCGGCGCGUUCAGAGACAAGGGCAUCACAUACCUUUCACUGGAUAGGGGAGAUCCGGCCAAAACCCUUACAAAGUUCCAAACCGAGACAGGCAAGGAGAAGUCCAAGGUUCUUAUCUUGAACAUCGGAGAUGCAUCUGCAGCUGGAAGUAACUUGACCAACGCCAACCACAUCAUCUUCGUCUCCCCCUAUCUCACUGAUAGGGAGCAGACCUACAAGGCAGCCAUGACUCAAGCUGUUGGUCGUGCACGCCGCUAUGGGCAGACGAAGGCAGUGCACACUUACCACUUUCUGUCUCUCAAGACCAUCGACGUGGACACAUUUGAAUCUCGCAACCAUGUGAUCCUCGACCACGAGAACACGACUCCGCCCGACUACAUGCCCUACUCUGGCUUUGCGAAAUCGAUGCCCAUGGACGGGACUCCACAGUCGGAAGGUCUUGGUUCGAAAUGGGGUUCGACUGUUGUUACGAAGGGGCUUCUGGCCGAAGAAUGAGGUGGAUAGAAGGAGUUAUUUUUGUUUGAAUAUAAUAUUUUGUUUGAUUACGACUGUUUUAUGGGAGCGGGGUGUUUGUUUGGUAUAUAUACUGCGGAAGCACCGCAUGUCAAAGUUAGUGUGUCUGGGGUGUUCAAAGUACUAUGCGGAGAGGCUUUUCGCCAUGUUUGGGUUCGGGAUUAUACAAUGGGAUGGAAAUGAUUCAACAUUUUGUAUGGUGUUCAAAACGAAGCAAAGAGGGUAGAAUGGAUGGAUGG